AUGAGGCAAAAGACCAACAACACAGAUUCUAGUGGUUUCUUGGGAAACAUUUCUUCUAAUUUUCUCAGAUCAAUCUCUUCUUCCAAUCGCAAACCCACGUCUUCUUCCUUCUCAAAUCCUAAAUCCCCAAAUUCUGACGCUGAAAACACUCCCCCUACCCAUCCAAACAUUUCCCUCAAUCACCACCACGAAUCGAAGCCUUACGACCCAUUUUCCCACAGCAACUCACAUGUUGUGGUUAGAAUUAAGCCUGAGAAUAUCAAUGGAAAAGAGGGAGACUGGGAGAUUAAAAAGGUUUCUUCUGAUGCCCUGCGUGUCGGGGACAUAAAGUUCACGUUUGAUGAAGUUUUUGAUACCAGCUCCAAUCAGGAAGAUGUUUUUCAGUCAGUGGGUGUUCCCUUGGUUAGAAAUGCCUUAGCUGGUUACAACACUACAAUUCUGUCGUUUGGCCAGUCUGGAAGUGGAAAGACUCACACAAUGUGGGGUCCCCCAAGUGCCAUGGUUGAUGAGUCCUUGCGUUCUAGUCAACUGGGAAUUGUUCCUCGGAUCUUCAGAAUGUUAUUUUCUGAGCUAGAGAGAGAGAGGCUUACUUCUGAUCAGAAGCAGUUCAACUAUCAAUGUCGUUGUUCAUUUCUUGAGAUAUACAACGAACAGAUUAGCAAUUUACUCAACCCUAUCCAGCAGAACCUUGAGAUGAAGGAUGAUUCAAGAAAUGCACCUUAUAUUGAGAAUCUGGUUGAGGAAUACAUCACUAACUAUGAUGAUGUGGCACAAAUUUUGAUUAAGGGCCUUUCAAGGAGAAAAAAGGGAGUGACAAGCUUAAAUUCUAAUAGCUCUAGAUCACACAUAGUUUUCACAUUUGUCAUUGAGUCUUUGAGCAAGGGAACCACAAAGGGUUUUUCCAGUAGCUCAAAAACUAGCAGAAUCAGCCUUAUUGAUCUUGCUGGACAGGACUGGGAUGAAGUUGGUGAUGGAGGUAGCCAAUGUCCAAAGAAAAGCAGACAUGUUGAGAAAUCACUAUCUGGGCUUGAGCAUUUAGUGGAUGCUCUGACUAACAAAUCUCAGUCUGGAAAAAAUGAAGACAUGCCACACAGCGACUCCUGUUUAACACGCUUACUGCAAGAGCCACUUGGUGGAAAUGCCAAACUCUCAGUAAUAUGUUCCAUCUCCCCUGAUAACAAGAGUAACGAUGGAACCCUGCGCACACUCAGAUUUGGGGAGCAAGUUAGAUCCGUCAGAAAUGAACCAGUUAUCAAUGUAAUAAAGGAGACUGAUGUUGAUUUGAGUACUAACGUCAGACACUUGAAGGAAGAACUUAUUAGAGCAAAGGCUGAUGUUCAUAGCUCAGCUGGGAGUAAAGAUGGUUACUUCCAAGGACAUAAUGUGCGGGAAAGCCUGAAUCAGAUGAGAGUCAACUUAAACCGCUCUCUUCUCCUAUCCAACAUAGAUAGUGAUACCGAUGAGCGUGUAAAUGUCAAUGAGGAUGACAUACAGCAAUUACGCCAGCAGAUUGUUGAAUUGGAUAGUUCAUCUGAAGGAAAUCCAAAGGACAUAUCUGUCAAUGAAAAUUGUGGCCAGUUCUGUUCUGUUGAGGAAAAUUGUGAUGCAGACACCACCAGUGGUGAUGAAAUUGAAAAGUCUGAGGUGUGCUGCAGAAAAACAUUGAGCAACAACCCCUCAAUGAUAACUAAAACUACAUUCAGAGAUAGCAUUUCAGUCAAUUCAGGUAAUCAAUCUCCAGUACUUGCUGGACCUCAGUUGUCCGAGUCUCCAAAAUUCAGCAAAACUCAAAGGAAAAGUUUGGCUAUUUCAUCAAGUUAUCUUGGAAGUUGGAACAAUGUAGCGGAGAGUUCAACUUUCAGUACCAAUGUGUUGAACAAACCAUUUAAACAGGGUGAGGAUGAACAAUCCUCAUUGCAGUCAAGCAAAGCUGAGUCCUUGGCAGCAAGCCUUCAGAAGGGACUACAGAUUAUUGACUAUCAUCAGCAUAACUCAGCAUUGAACAAAUCUUCAACUUCCUUCUCCUUUGAGCACUUAACUUUGACACCUUGUCUAGAUAUUGACAGGGCUGAAUCUUGUGACCAAACAAUACUACAGAAAGCUUCCAGUGAUGAAGUAGCUGCUUUCCUUUGUGGAUCUUGCCGGAACAAAAUAUCUAAUCUGGAUUCCAGUGAGCACUUGCAGAAUGUAAUGGCAAAAAGCAUCAUGAAAGAGAAGGAGAUCGAGAAUGUUUGCAAGGGGCAAGCAGCUAGAAUUGAGCAACUAAAUCAGUUGGUGGAGAAUUUGAAAGGGGAGAGAGAACUGGACACAAUUACUUUGUAUAACUCAAUGAAAGAUGAAGAAAAACUUCUAAGGGGAUUUUCCUCAAAUGGUCACUUGCCAUGUAUUAUAGAGGAAAAAUGUGAAAUUAAAGAAGUGCAGGAAGAGUUAGCCCAAAGAGACGUCUCUUUUGAUUCAACUGAGAAGGAGUCUCUUCUUAAGGAAAUUCAGAAUCUAAGGAGCAAGCUGCAAUUAUGUAGUGAUGCACCAGUUAAAAAGUCUACUGACAAACUAAGGUCUUCUUUGAUGUCAAGAUCCAUACAACUGAAAAAUGGCGGAGUAUUUUGUUAUGAUAAUGGCAACGAAGAGCUAGAGAAUGAAAGGCAGAGAUGGACAGAAAUGGAAAGUGAGUGGAUUUGUCUUACUGAUGAACUUAGAGCUGAUCUUGAGUCAUAUCGCCAACGUACUGAGAGGUUGGAGAUGGAACUGAAUUCUGAGAAGAAGUGCACAGCAGAGAUAGAUGAUGCGCUAAAGAGAGCAGUUAUGGGACAUGCUAGAAUGGUGGAACACUAUGCUGAUCUACAAGAAAAAUAUGAUGAUUUGGUUGUGAAACAUGAUGCAUUGAUGGAAGGCAUAGCAGAAGUGAAGAAGGCAGCAGCGAAAGCUUCAAAAAAAGGUCAUGCACGCUUUGCCAAAUCUCUUUCUGCUGAGCUUUCAGCAUUGAGGGUGGAAAGAGAAAGGGAAUCAAAAUUAUUGAAAAAGGAGAACCAGAACUUGAAGAUUCAACUUGGAGAUACUGCUGAAGCUGUUCAGGCCGCUGGAGAACUACUUGUUAGGCUAAGAGAGGCUGAACAUGCAGCAGCUGUUGCAGAGGAGAACUUUACAAAUAUGCAGCAAGAUAAUGAAAAUUUGAAGAUGCAAAUUGAGAAGCUGAAAAGAAAACACAAGACAGAGAUUAAUACCAUGAAGCAGUACAUUACAGAUAGCAAAUUACCUGAGUCUGCAUUGCAACCACUGUAUAGAGAGGAUUCUGAUGUGGGACACAAUGCAGCUUCCUCCUAUACAUACGAUGAUCAGGCAUGGAGAGCAGAAUUUGGAGCAAUAUAUCAGGAGCAUUACUAG